AUGCAGUCCAAGCGGGAGUGUGAGCUGUGGUGUGAGAGGGUGAAUCCCGAGAACAAGGCGGCGUUGGAGGCGUGGGUCAGGGAGACGGGCAUCCGCCUGGUGCAGGUGAACGGGCAGAGGAAGUAUGGCGGGCCACCCCCAGGCUGGGUGGGCAGCCCGCCGCCGGCCGGGUCAGAGGUGUUUAUCGGGCGGCUGCCCCAGGACGUGUACGAGCACCAGCUGAUCCCACUGUUCCAGCGCGUGGGCCGCCUCUACGAGUUCCGCCUGAUGAUGACCUUCAGCGGCCUGAACCGCGGCUUCGCCUACGCGCGCUACAGUUCGCGGCGCGGCGCCCAGGCGGCCAUCGCCACGCUGCACAACCACCCGCUGCGGCCGGCCUGCCCGCUGCUCGUGUGCCGCAGCACGGAGAAGUGCGAGCUGAGUGUGGACGGGCUGCCCCUGGGGCUGAGCCGCCGAGCGCUGCUGCUCGCGCUGCAGCCCCUGGGUCCCGGCCUGCAGGAGGCGCUGCUGAUGCCCAGCCCCGGGCCGGCGCCCGCGCAAAUUGCGCUGCUCAAGUUCAACUCGCACCGCGCCGCCGCCAUGGCCAAAAAAGCCCUGGUGGAAGGGCAGUCACGCCUCUGUGGAGAGCAGGUGGCAGUGGAGUGGCUUAAGCCAGACCUGAAGCAGCGACUCCGCCAGCAGCUCAUGGGUCCCUCACUGCAGAGCCUGCAGCCAGAGGGUAGUCGGCUGGCCCCAGCCAGGGACAAGCUAAAGUCCCAAGGGGCUCGGGCUGCCCUGCAGCUGUUGUGCCAACGGAUGAAGCUGGGCAGCCCCGUGUUCCUCACCAAGUGUCUGGGCACAGGCCCUGCUGGCUGGCACCGCUUCUGGUACCAGGUGGUGAUCCCUGGGCACCCAGUGCCCUUCAGCGGCCUCAUCUGGGUGGUGCUGGCCCCAGACGGGCAGGAUGGGCACGAGGUGGCUAAGGAUGCUGUGUCUGCGAGGAUGCUAGAGGCACUGAGGGAGUCAGGAGCCAGCCUUGUACGGUCUGCUGGAGCUGAGGCAGGUACCGUGGUUAAGCAGUGA